CAGCCUAUUCACAUCCACCUCCCCCUACACCCUCCCCUUCCUCACAGCAGCCCUUUCAGCUCCACACCACGUUUCUGUUCAUCCUUCACCAGCCACCGAACAUCACCUCGUUCCUCCUCCGGGACCAGAUAACGAAUAUCGGGCUUUCUUUAAACCUGUGCAAUCAUGUCCUCAGUGCUCCAAAAGCUUAUCAGCCCUCAGGCCAGCAGCGCCGCUGAGCCUCCCAGGAACAAGGUGACGGUGGUUGGGGUGGGCCAAGUGGGCAUGGCCUGUGCUGUCAGCAUCCUGCUGCGGGACCUGUGUGAUGAGCUGGCUCUGGUCGAUGUGAUGGAGGACCGUCUUAAAGGAGAGAUGAUGGACCUCCAGCACGGCAGCCUUUUCCUCAAAACCUCCAAGAUAGUCGCAGACAAAGACUACGCAGUGACAGCCAACUCUCGCCUAGUCGUGGUGACUGCUGGUGUUCGUCAGCAGGAGGGAGAGAGCCGCCUCAACCUGGUGCAGAGGAACGUUAAUGUCUUCAAGUCCAUCAUCCCUCAGAUUGUCAAGUACAGCCCCAACUGCACAAUCGUUGUGGUCUCCAACCCUGUUGAUGUGCUGACAUAUGUGACCUGGAAGCUGAGCGGUCUGCCGAAGCACCGCGUCCUUGGCAGCGGCACCAAUCUGGAUUCAGCCCGCUUCCGUUACCUGAUGGCUGAACGACUCGGCAUCCAUGCCAGCUCUUUCAACGGCUGGGUGCUGGGUGAGCACGGAGACACCAGCGUGCCCGUGUGGAGCGGUGCAAAUGUGGCCGGAGUCAACCUGCAGAAACUGAACCCUGAUAUCGGCACUGAUGCCGAUAAGGAGCAGUGGAAGGCCACACACAAGGCAGUGGUGGACAGUGCCUACGAGGUGAUCAGGCUGAAGGGAUACACCAACUGGGCCAUCGGCCUGAGCGUGGCUGACCUCACCGAGAGCAUUGUCAAGAAUCUGAGCCGUGUCCAUCCCGUCUCCACCAUGGUCAAGGACAUGUACGGUAUCAGUGAGGAGGUCUUCCUGUCCCUGCCCUGCAUUCUGAACAGCAAUGGUGUGAACAGUGUGGUCAACAUGACCCUCACUGAUGACGAGGUUGCCCAGCUGAAGAAGAGCGCUGACACACUGUGGGGCAUCCAGAAAGACCUCAAGGACCUGUGAACACACCACGUACCACUCCCAUGAUGCACUGAGGCCUGUCCUCGCUCACGCAGUCCUUUCGUAAUCUUGCCCAUUCUUCUAGCUUUGUGUUGCCUUAUUUUGAAGAACGGUACCAGUGUUUUUAAGACCGUCAGGGAACUUUUCAGUUUUACAUCAUGUUCUGCUCACUCCAUGCCAAUCACCGGAUUAUUUGUAGGUCUAAAAAAAUACUGGUAUGCUUUUUUUAAAAAAAAGGCACAUUUGCUUUCUGUCGUGCACUAGGCUUAAGUUACUGUCGGGGUGAUUGUGUUAGCACAUCUAUGCUCACCUUUGUUCCUGUACUGUCUUUGGAUUCCAGAGUGUCAACCAACACAUGCACUUACAAGUCCACACAAAACCCUCAAGGAACAACACACAAAGUGUCACUGCCUGCUUCAACUGCAUUUUCACAUGUUGUUUUAAUUUAGAGCAGGGAGUCAUUGAGCAAAAUAAUCGACAAAGCCAAAGGACAGCCUUCCCCUGAAGUUGCUUCUCUGCAGCAGACAAAUCAUCGCAUACUUGGGUCUAGAUGGGAAAUCUUUCUUUCUUCUGUGCUGUCAAAGUGAGGUGCAGUAGCAGUGGAAGCAUGUAGGUAUCCAACUGGGACUGAUUUUUAGAUACGAGUUGUGAUUUUUCUGGCCUUGUGUCGUAAACAGCAGUGUGUGACUUAAUAAAACUAAACCUCCUGAA